CUCUCUAGCAAGUAGCAUAGACUUCACGUCACCACCCAGUAAUUAAAUGCCAUCUCCUGGGCCUAUCCCAGAUGAGACACCCCCAGACAAUGCUCCUGAGUCUGAGUUUUCCUUGCACUGGCGCCAGUCGCGUGCGUGUGGACGCUGUCGACGCUUGAAGAUGCGCUGCGCGUACACGGAUCCCUCGCAGCGCUCAUGCGCACGGUGCUCCCGGGCGAAAAUCGAGUGUUCGCUCAUGGAUGUGGCCGAAAGUCUGAGAUCAAAACGGCCCAAGCCAAACCGCGGCACGGCUUUGGUGAAAGAUGCGAGCUCCGCGCUUGCGAACUUGCGUGGGUUUCUCCUGGAAAAUACCGAUGGAGAGACGGGAACCGAUCUUGCGGUUUUCAAAGCGGAAUUGGAGUUGAUAAGAGGAAUGGUUCCUGAAUCCAGAAGGGAGAUAUCUACAGAAUUGGAACCCACGUCUCCUAAAGCGAAACUCACCACGCAGCUCGGAGGUUCGCAACUUUCAUCUCCUACUGAGGAAACGAGUUUCUCUCCGCUCAGCUUAGCCUCCGCCCGCUCCCGCCAUCACCGCUUCCUCGCCCACUUUCUCCCAUCCUGGCCGUGUAUCACCCUUCCCUACACCUUCGACUUUCUCUUCCACUCCCGCCCCGCGCUUCUUCUCACCAUCAUCACUGUCACCACUUUGGACGAGCCCACGCUCCACGCGAUGCUCAGCGCGCGACUUGAGUCGCACCUCGCCCGACAGCUCACCGUCUCCGGCGAUGCUUCUCUCGAAACCAUCCAGUGCUACGUCCUUCUCUCGCUCUGGUGCCCGCCACCGGCAAAAUGGGGCUCCUAUAAGCACCAACUCAACCUCUUGCUCGGCUAUACCUUGUCUCUCUGCUUAGACUUGGGUCACGAACGGAUAAUCGGCAACUCACGAGCUGCUGCUAUCCCGAAGGAGUCUCUCCGAGUAUAUCUUGCGAUAUAUGCUAGUUGUGGCAGCUUGGGGCUCUCGCUUCCACGGUUUAGCGUGGUAAGAUGGUCUGCAAGCCAUGCUGAGGCCGUGGAGAUUCUCGCUCGGGGCGACCCGGAGGACGAGUUUCUCUGUUUGUUUGCCAGAUUGGUGGCGGUGGGGCAAGAAAUGAUGGAAUCUGUACAGGAAGAAUACGCUCCCUUUAGGAGAGUGUUUCACGAGAAUGAGGAAGAAGAACAGUCUUUAGAACCAAUAGAGCAAACGAGGAAGUUGUCAGAUGGAGAGAAUCCUGACAGAGGGCCGUUAUUCGGAGAAAGGUCAGACCAGGAAACAAACGGGUCAUUUGGGUCUCCCGGUAACCGGUUAAGCAGAGAUGCGAAUGAAUUCGAGCAGGCGAACAAGUCAAAGGCAUUCGCCUCGGCUGACCGGCCAAUCGAAAACGGGUUCGGUACCUCCUUCGGGGGUUCCACCCAGGCGCUUUACGAACACCGUCUCUACACGUUAAUCCACUCUAGCACGCUCUUCCAGACUAACCUGCCACUGUGCCACUUACUUUCUAUCAUCUACUACCAGUUGUUGAUGAGCAUGUACGACUCUGCCGUGUGCCGAACCCAUGACCGAGCGGCACCAGGCUACAGCGAGCUGCUAGCAAAGCUCAUCCAGGCGGGAGAAAAGGUGAUCGACUCGUUCGUCCAGGCAUGUGAAUCUUCCGGGAACAUACCGACCUUCUUCUUCUAUCGCCCGAUGCACGCGUUGGUCGCGUUGAUCCGCGCGCGGUUGUUGGUGUUCUCUGAAUCGGCAGAUAUCGAGGUGAACGUCGAGCGUGAGUUCGAGCGAGUAUCCGAAUCGAUGACGCGACUUGGCAAGUCAUCGCUGGUGGCGCGGUGUAUGACCACGAUGCUCGGCAAGAUUGAACGCUGGAUGCGUGUCAGCAGCGACUUUAUCACCCGCGAGUGCACAUCGUCGACCUCUCUUAGCGCGUUGUUGGAAGAUCUCGGAAGGGAGCGGGCAAUUGCCGACCUUCGGGGGCCGCGCAAGAGACCGGGGACGAAUACAAACGAACCAAAAAGGAGUACCACGAAUGGACCAGAUGUGGAUACAGAUAUGGCUACUUCUUUGUUGAAUAACGUUAUGAACGAGUCCUUGCCGAAUAACAUUGAACCGCAAAGUGAAGGGAGGAAGGAUGAAAUGACAAGUCCAAACAGGGGAGUUGAGACUGUAGAAGAUCCGGAGUUGGCCAGUGCUCAUGUAGACGGAAGCUAUCUCGGCUACGUGUCAGAUGACUGGCAAUUGUUCAAGGAAAUCUUUGGGGAGAUAGACUUGGACUUUUCCGAGUAUCUAAAUCAAAGCUGGACCCCCGAAUUCGAGUCAAUGGUCUAAACAUUAACGUAUUUUCCCCAAUAUCUCCAUAUCCGUGGCACUAUUUUCCAUAUAACCCCCCCACCCCUUUCUAGUCAUACCUACUUUGGUUUUUACCUGUCCUUAAUACUUUACCAGUAUAUCGUAUAUAUCCUCCUAGUAGCUAAAAGCAAAUCUCUACAAUGUUUUUUUCCCGCCUCAAAUUUAUAUCCUUCC